AUGGCUUCCAACGACUCAGAGAUCACUCCGCUCGACCGCGAUGUCCAGCCGAGCGACUCCGCGGCGCCUCCGGACCCCUCUCCGCCUCCCUCCUCCCUCUCUCGCCUCGAUCAGAGCCUCCUUGGCGAACUGAACGACCUCAUCGCCCUUUCCCACUCAUACGAAAUCGACGACACCUUCCUCGCCCUCAAAGGCCUGCGCGAGCAGCUCGCCGAGCUCGACUUCCAGCACUCUUUCAUCUCGAACCGUCCCAUCUACGAGGGCAACGUCCGCUUCGUCCUGGCGUACACGCUCUGGCGUCUCGGGCUAGGCGGAGUGGGGGUGGAACUCGAGGAGGCGAAGAAGUUGGUGGACCGGCUGCGCGAGGGGGAUGAGAAACCGGCGCGCCGCCUGCUCAGCAAGGUCAAGCGGUUCGAGGAGAUGCUUGCGAAGGAGCAGGCGGGUGAGGAAGAGGCGCACGCCGAGGUGCCCGCGCCUUCGGCAGCGCAGGAGCUCCCCUCGACCCCCGAGAAGGAUGCAAAGCGCCCUUUCACGUUCGACAUCUUCGCCACGCCCGUCUCGAUCGAGAAGAAGCUGAAGAGGCGCCCUCCGUCCUCGCCCAUCCUCCUCACUCCGACUCCUCGCAGUCCGACGGGACCUUCGUUCGCUCCGAUCGGUUCUCCGCAGGCUCACGCGCCGCAGCGCCGCCGCACGGACAUCCAGGCGGGCGGGACUUUGAGUGAGGAGGAGGGGGACUUGGCCAUGUCGGAAGAUGAGGCGGAGGCGGCGCAGCUGGAGACGUCCGGCCUCGCACCCAUCAAGAUCUCGGUCGCGGCCGAGUACGAUCAGACGACGGAUUUGCGCCUCGUCGGAGCGAUCUCCAGCCUCGGCGAAUGGAAUCCUUUGCUCGGCGUCCCGCUUGAAUACAACGCCCUUGAGCAGCGUUACUGCGUCGAGUUGUACUCGUCAGAUGCCAUGUCUACCGAGUGCAAGCUCGUUCGCUACUACAUCGAUGGAAGUGUGGUGUGGGAGAGGGAGGGUAGGGGAAAUCGCGUUCUUACGGGAACGGAGGACAUGGAUUGGGAGUGGGAGGAGUAG